UGGACGGCAUGGAGCCCGCGGAGUUACGGGAAUUCCUGCGGAUUCUAUAUUCAUCUGAUAUAAAUCUUAAAGAAAUUGAGGAGCUGCUUAUGAGGAAAAUACAAGAAAGCAGCACUACGACUCUUCAGAAUGCUCAAAAAAAUGUAAAUUGUAUUGGACAAAGCAAAAGAACACCAGUUGAUCAGAAUACUCCAAGUGGAGCUGUGCAGAAAGAAGUUGUUUGUUUGUCUGGUAUUGAGGAAGAAAUUCCAGAAGCAGUUACUGAUGCAGAAAGCGACAAAGCCCCUGCAGGUAAUUCCAAAGUAGAAACUGCGUCUGUGUUAGGAGAAGAUUUAUUGAGGCUCUACAAGAAGUGCUGUUGUCCAGAUAUUAAUAUUUGCGUAGAAGGCAAAGAUUUUCAAGCUCACAGGGCCAUUUUAUGUGCCAGAUCUAGUUACUUUGCUGCUAUGCUGAGUGGAAGUUGGGCUGAAAGCUCUCAAGAGCACAUCACUCUUCAAGGCAUAAGCCAUGCAGAAAUGAAUGUCGUCCUGCAGUUUAUAUAUGGAGCUAUUUUGGACUUUACAGAUGAAGUUGAUGUUGGUCGCAUGUUGGGCAUUGCAGACAUGUAUGGGCUGGAUGGACUAAAAGAAGUAGCUAUCUAUAUUUUGAAAAGAGAUUAUUGCAAUUUCUUCCAAAAGCCUGUUCCUGGCAAACAGCAACCUGUACUAGAAUGCAUGGCUAUUGCUCAUUCAUUGGGAGUGGAAAACCUGUAUACUGCUUGCAUGAAAUGGGUAGGAAAACAUUUUGCAAGAUGUUUUUCAGAGAAAAGCUUUGCCAGUUUACCUACUGAACUUCAGAACAAUUGUCUUGUUAUGUUGAUUAACUCUUUGAGCCACAAGAAUGCUGCUUCCCGUUUGAUGGAGAGUGACCGGCUGAUCAAUAGCCUUCCCCGAGUGAAAUGGACGGAGGCAGCUGUGGCCUUGGCAUCACGGCUCCAUGAGGAAUGUGUAACCUUCAUUGUUGCAAACUUCCUACAUGUAGUACAAAAUGAAGGCUUCUCUGUUUUGUUGCAGGCACAGGCAAUGAGCAGCGAACCUGAUCUUCUAGAACUAAUUUUCAGCGCAAUUGAAAAAAGCGUUAAUAAUGAAAAUAGCUGCUUUCUUCUUGUAGCAGUGGAUAUGUUGUUGGACUCUGCAAAUGUGAGGGAGAUGGGUUUUACGUGCAAGAUCCAGGCGCUGCGUGAUAAGCUCUGGGUCUUCCUGGUUCAGUCUUUUUAUGCUGUUCGUCACACAGAAGGCUGGAAGCUGAUGAGCCCAGACCAUCAACAGAAAAUACAAGCAGCUGCAUUUGACAAGGGUGAUGACCGCAGACUUGGCAAGAAACCUGUAUUCACCAGUUCUCAGCUAAAUAAAGCUACUACUGCAUCUGUUGGUACAAGGAAUUCUUCCCAGGCAGAAUACAGCAAGAAAGAUUGCUGGGGAGAUUCUUCCACUAAUCAGGAUAAAAUGAAAUCUGAUGGAUUAGGAGCAUCUGGACAUGCAUCCACCAAUAGAAACACUGUUAAUAAGACUUCAAAGCAUGAGGAUGUAAAGGGGAAAGAUGGCAAAAAAUUAGUUUCCAAGAUUACUAAGGAUUCCAAACCUGGGGAAAAAGCUGCUUUGCCAAAGGCUAGAGCUGUUAUAAAGACAAAAAUAGAAAAUAAUGGAAAUCUGAAGGCUGAAACCAUGCUUACCAAGCAAGAUAUAGAAAAGACAUCAUCUGCAAGUGGACAAAAAAAUUCAGGAAGCAGCAAAGGACUAAAGAAUCAUGAAGGAAAAAUUGCAGGUGCCAGACCUAAAGUGCUGACAGUAACCUCAAGCAUGCAGAACAAAACAAAGCCAUUGAAAAAAACCUCAGGGAAGGAAUCUCCCUCCUUGGUGACUGUGGCAGCAACUUCCAGCAAGUCAGCAAAUUCAAACAUUGAUAUCCAGACUGUGGGUGAACAGACAGAGGAACCCAAAGAGGAUAAACUGGCAGAGGAAGGGAAAAAACAGAGUGUAGUGAAAACAAAGGCAUCUGUGAAGGUAUCAAAUGGAGUCACCACCAAAAAAAAAAAGACUGAGAUUGAGGCUAAUGUGACAACAAGCAGUCUUACGAAAAGAACAACAGGAAAAGGGUGUAAUGAGCAAAAUGCACAAGCUGGUCUAAAGAAAAAAGGGAAUGUGAGUACAAAUUCUGCAGCACAGCAAAAGACUCAAAACACACCUACCAAUUCUCCCAAGAACCAAGGACCUCAGGGGGAAUCACCAAAUUCACUGAAAUCAGGAAUGUCUCCAAAACAUAACGAAGAAAAAAAUGUGUUACAACACCUGGUUCAGACAACACUCCCAGAAAAACACCCUUCAGCUAAGAAGAAGAGUAUUAAACAAUCACAAACACCUGCAACAAAAGCCACUUCAAAAAUAACACCUAAGACUCCAUCAAAGAAUGCUGAGAUUACAAAUAGUAAAGACCCAAAACAAAAAACAACUGUAUUAAAAUCUCAGUCCUCUGCCCAGAAGCAUGCAAGGAGUGAUUCUCCUGUUGUCCAGAAGAAUGUGCACACCUCUGAGCACAGAGGUUCAGGACAGAAACUUGAGAAAAACACAGCUGAUGCUGUGGCAGGUCAGCUUCAUGACAAUAAUGAAUGCUGUUCUGCAAACCAAUCUUUAAAACCUGCCAUGAAAAGUAGCAGUGACAAUAAAUUGCUGGAGUCCUGUCAAUCCAAUAAACAAAAAUUACCAGAUUCUUUUGAAACUGUGCAAUACGAAAUACAAUCCAAAUCUUCUUCUCCUCAAAUUGCAGAAGAAACUAUUUAUAAACUGAAUGUUUCACUACAAAAUGACAUGGAAACAAGACAAAUCUGUGGAGAUCAGACUGGAAUUAAAAAGACUGAAGAUCCAGAGAAAGAUAAUAAUACAGCUGAAUUUCACUGUCAUGCACAGUCUUCCAACGAUGGAUAUUCAGACUUUUCCAAGGAAACCAAUCAAAAGGCUAUUAUUUUAGGAGAACUGGUGAAAGAUUCAAAAGCAACAAAAGUCUGUAAUGAAAAGAGUGAUACAAUAAACUCUGAAACAGCUCUUAACUAUGGUGAAAAUGCUUUGUCAAGCAUUUCCCAAGUAACCAGUGAAGAGGAUGAGACAUCUCCUCAGAUCCACGUAGAGGGAUUUCUUACAGUUGAUGAACUCUGUGAUACAUCAGCCUUGACUGAAUAUAAAUCAGUUGCAACAGAUGUAGACGAUGCUUCAGAGUGUUCCACAGAACAGAUAACAGAAAAAUAUUCACCUAAUUACACAGAGCUUAUAGAGCCUAUGGAAAUGCCAGAAAACCAUGAAAAUGCAGAAAUUCCCUUUGUGGACCACUGGAGUACUGGUGCUGUAGAUCCAAAAGAGAGUCCUGAAUCAGAUACUGGCAGUGCAACCACAUCCUCUGAUGAUAUAAAACCAAGAUCAGAAGAUUAUGAUGCUGGUGGCUCUCAGGAUGAUGAGGGAUCCAAUGAAAGAGGGAUUUCUAAAUGCAGUACUAUGUUAUGUCAUGAUUUUCUUGGAAGAAGCAGCAGUGACACAAGUACACCUGAGGAAUUAAAAAUUUAUGAUAGCAGCCUAAGAAUAGAAGUGAAAAUGAAAAAAGAGGGUUCUGAUCUCUUCCGGGUUAAUUCAACAAGUGAUGAUGAAAUACCAAGAAAAAGACCUGAAAUUUGGUCCCAUCAAGACAGUUCACGGAACACUACUAGAGAAAGCAAAAGUUCUACUUUUGGUAAUGCACAGUUUACUCAGGAAGCAGACCAAGUUUCUUCUUCUGCCGAUGAAACAGAAGAUGACAGAUCUGAAGGAGAGAACAUUGCAGAAAAGUUUGCCCCGUCACAUGUUCCUACUCAACAGUUCCAAGGAAUUGAUAAUUUAGCUUUUGAGGAUGCAACAGAAAAUGAUACUAUAAGUCAGGAGUUUUCUAAAACUAAAAAUUUCAAACGAUCUGUUUUACUUUCAGUAGAUGAAUGUGAAGAAUUGGGAGCUGAUGAUAAAGUGGAAACUCACACUUCAUGUCAGCACUCAAUAGAUUCUCUUACUCCUUCAGAAGUAUUUGAGAGUGUUUCUCAGGAGCACCAUGGAAAGACAUUUUACUCAAGAUACUCCUUCGAAACUGAAGAAGGAUUCCUGGAUGGUAAACAGCACAAGGAUAGAGAUAAUAGAUCAGAUAAAAGUGGAAGUUCUCUCCUGCAUCUUCACAGUACUGAAAUCCCAGAAAAGGAAAAUCAAGGUGCUACAAUGACUGAACAAAAUUGCCCAGAGAAAGUAUAUUCAGCAGGUCCUCCACAUGCAGGAGAAAACCAGCAAGUAAAUUUGAAGAAUGAGGUGGCUAGUGAAUUUAACCAGUGCAAUAAGUACUUAGACAAUGAUGCAAAAUCUCAAGAAAGACCAUGUCAUCUGGAUCUUCAGCAGAGAGAAACUAAUUCUGAUGUGCAAAAGAGCAGCUCUGCAAAACCUGUAGAAGCCAGUAAGAAUCAGAUGCUGACUCAGGAAAGUCAAGUGAGAGACAGUCAACCAGCAACUGCUGAAUGCGCUAAUACUGAUUUACUUCCAGGAGACAUAGAUGAUUAUGACACAAUGGCACAAACCUGCAUGUAUGAACAUCGGCCUUCAAAAACCCUUUCUCCAAUAUAUGAGAUGGAUGUUGGAGAAGCAAUUGAGCAGAGGAUGGAUUCAGAAACAGCAGUUCUAGAGAUGGAUUUUGAAGAUCAACAGUUUGCAGAACAAGACUGGACUCUACUCAGGCAAUUAUUAUCUGUGCAGGACUCAAAUAUAGAUUUCAAAAACUCUGUUCCUGAAGACCUUAACUUAGCACAAUGUCUUAUCAAUCAGACACUGUUUCUGGCACGAGAUGGUUCGAAUCCUCAGGGUACCUCACAAGUUGACACAUUCAGUAGGUGGACUGAACUCAUGUCUCCACUUGAUGACUCCUCAGCAAGCAUUACAGUGGCAAGCUUUUCAUCUGAAGACUGUUCGUCCCCUCAAGGGGAAUGGACAAUUCUUGAACUGGAAACCCAUCAUUAAGGUGUCAGCUGUUGGCAACUGAACUCCAACCCAUUACCCAAAUCUAUUUUUGAUGAGUUGUUUCCAUGCCAUAAUGAAAUACUGCAUCAGUCAAGAACGAGCAAUUCUUGAUACUGAGGCAAUCUUUCUGAUAAAAUGAGGUAAAUACGUUAACUUAUCAUCUAGAUUUAAUCACAAGUACAAUAAUUUUUCAAGACGUAAAUGUAUGUCUUUUCUAAAAAUGAACUUUGAGCAUGUAUUUUCUAGAAUUGUUAGAAAAAUUAGAUGAUAUGAAAGAAAAGUCUGGGUUUCCACCCUCCCUUUUAUCUUCUUUUUUGACAUUUAAUGUUCUCAUUGAUCAAAAAUUUAAAGAUGAAUGCACUAGUACAGCUAUUCCUCUCCUUCCCCUCCCUCCCCAACAUGGUGACUUCAUUUUACAAUAAAGAUUCAGAAUGGUUGUGUGAAAAGGUGAUGUGUGCCAACACUACUUUAAAUGACAGAAAAACAUACUUUUUAAAGAAAAUGUUUCAAUCUGAAUCUGCCUUGGGCCUUAUUAAUAUGAGCAGCUUGUUUCAUCUGUUUCUUCCAGAUUUGAUUUUUGUAUUUUGGCUGGUUUUGUUUAGAAGUUUCCAAUAAAUUUUUUUAAUUGCCUUUUCUUCAAAUAUAAGACUUCAGAGGGUCUGUCCUGUAUGAAGACCACUGUUUCUUUCAUGAAAAUGCACAUAUUUAAGUAAAUAUUUUAAAUGGCAUAGUGCAUGAAUUCAAAGGAGUCGGCAGAAUGUUGCUCUUGCUCUAAGAAACAGCAUGUCUGAUGUCUCCAAAAGUACAUCUGAAUCUGAAGUUGUGGUCAGUCUGAAGUCUGAUGUUAACUAGAAUUAACUUCAGACAUUAAUUAAUUACACUUGCAUGUUCUCAUGCUGAAGUACAGCAAGAUUUCCAGGAAUUUGGCUUUGUGUGUUUUCAUAGAUGCCACAUUUUUGGGAGUAGUAAUAGGAUUCUUGCAUCUUCAUUAUUUUCUCUAGUGUAGCUUUUAUAAACUAAGACUAAAUGUCAUCAUAAGCUUUCUUUUGACUCAGAGUGAAAUAGGAUAUACAGAUAAUUUUGCUGCUUUUGGCUCUUUGGGUGUGGAUAGGACUGAUUAUUGUCUUUUCUGAUUGACAGGGCAGGAAGGAGUGAGAAACUUUUUGUAAUUCUUACCGAGUCAGAACUCCAGAAACAUACAGGAGUUUUUUCCCUGCAAAGGUUGCACCCUCUUAAUAUAUCUGCAUUAUGGAAACGUAGAGCUUGGCUUUCACACAGCUUAAAAUCUAAAAAGAAAGUAUUCUACCUCCUCUUAGUCAUUAACAGAAGUGCCUUCAGAAGUGGGUGCCAUAUAGGAGUGAAAGGCUACUAACAUUCUAUUUUGGUUGAAACUAUAUUAGUACACAACUUAAGACUGUGAUCACUGAUAACGUGGUCAGUUUUGCAAGCUUUUGCACAAUUCCAGCAGUGCACCUUAACUUUUUUGACAAAAUUCAUUUCUUUUGUUCAUAGUCAGAAACUCAGUUCUUUGGAAAUAUGAACUUGCCCUAGUGUAUGAUUAAAGAAGUUUCAACUUUGGAUUUGACAGAAUAAAGAUCUUUGAGGCAAAAUAAUUUAUUUAGCAAGGCACUUUGUUGAAUUUCUGGUACAAAAGGAAAAAUAAUGUUUUAUUCUCAAAAUGAAUGGAGAAAGAAUUUUAACUUGUUCUUUAAUAUCAACAUAAGGGUUAAAAAAGAAAACCUUCCAUUCUCUUUAUGUCAGUGGAGGACUCUAAACUCAUGGAAGGAAGAUGUUCAGUCUCAUCAUAAAAAUCUUUCAUCUACUCUUUUAGCAGCAGCAUAAAUAGUCCGAGAUAUUGUAAUUCAAAUUAUUAUAAAUGUGAUACUGUGGUAUUUAACCCAGUCUUCAUACUGCGGGAGUUAGAACCACCUUUAGAAGUGCAAAACAUCAAGAAAACCUAUUUUUCACUUUCAGCAUUUACAAGGUGCAUCAAUAGGUGAUAAUCUUUUGGAUAAAAUAAAGAACUAUAGUACUGGCCAUAGUAAAAGAUGGAACUCAAGAGAAGCUCUUACAGAAGGCUAAGAAAUAGUAUUUUUCAAUGUCUGUGUAAAGCACUAAGGAAAAAAUUGUUUACCAAAAAGUUUAAUCAACUUUAAAAUCCUGAUGAUAUUCUGACAGUGGGCAUUCACAUGUUAAACAAGAUAAAGUGAUGGAAAGGAGAAGUCAUAGAAAGGAUCCUUUAUUCUAUUUUUCACUUUUCCCAUACUUUUAACUUCUUACUGAAUUGAUCAAGUGAGACUGAAAAUUGACACAAAAUUUCAGGUUUCUUGUAUGAAAUACAAUCUUACAUAGGGUUUUUUUAAUUGUGAUUUUUGUCUUUGCAUUUAUUUUUUCAGUUGUAUCAAAAUUAAAUUAGCUUCUCUUUUCAAGUCCCCAGUGAUGUCGUUGCAAUUCCUUUAACAGUUUUGCAGCAGACCACUGAUUAGGAUAUAGUAUUGUUCAGUUGGUACAUAAGCAGCCAUAGAAUUCAGCUUCCCACAGCCAAAGAGUGUCUGUAGAAGUAGCAGGAAUAGAAAGUGGUAUUGUUUUUAAUUCGCGUUACUAGAGUGCCUGUGAGGCGUAAUCAGACCAGCAUCCCACUGGCUAGACAUUGUACAAACAAAGGGCAAAAACAAAGACUUCCCACAGAGUGGUUAGAAUCCAAGAUAAGACAAAAGACAAAAAAAAAAAAAUGCACAUGAAUGGAAAAGCAAAAUGAGAGUGUCAAUAUUUGUCUAGCUGAUUAGCAAUGGUUUCAGCACAUCAUCAGUUUAAAUAGUCAUUUUUUUCCUCCUGUAUGCAUUACGAGAAGGGGAAACUUUAGGGUGAGAUUUGAAGGCUGGAUAAUGACAGAGCUGGAAGAAUGUAUAUUCCUGACCAGCCAUGUGUGCUGCCUAAACUGCCUGACCUCAUUGAGGAGAACGUUCAAGUUUUAAGCCAGGUCUAGGUAGCUAUUUGUUUAAUAGCAUCAGUCACUUGAGUUCUUCGGAGUCCUUCUCAUACCUCCUGGCAGUGAUUUUAUCCAUGUAUUCACCUCUUCUCCAAAACAUGAGAGAAUGGAUAAAGGUUUGUUUGAAAACUUCAUAGAGAACAAUCAGAGCUGGUGCCAUGGAGUCCAAGGGGAAUAGUGAUUCCCUAGAGGUCCUGAAAGACCUCUAAAGCAAGACAAAGGAGAUACAUCUGAUGGAGCAGUGAAAGGGAGUCAGUAAGGUAACUAGAAAGAUGGCAUAGUCAGAAUACUACCCUUGCAGUAGUAUUUGGAAUAAGAGCAGUGAAAUUUGCUUUGUCAAAGCCUGAGAAGACCAGGUUGCAGUUAGCAGUGAAAGUGACAGCUUACCUGAGACUUCUGUGAAUGGGCAAAGAUGUCUGUAUGCUACACAGAGUAACAGCACAUUUAGUAAACGAUCAGUGAAAUGUAAAGGAGAGAACUUGGAAAUCAGUCUCAGAUAAUGACCCUGAUUUGGCCUACCUUGAAUGACAUGUUAUGAAAGUGAAAAAUAAAGAAAGAUGUUUUACACGUAUGAAUGCAUUAAGUUUAAAAAA